AUGGCAUUUGAAAAAGUCUUAUAUUGCGGUCCGUGUGAUUUUAAACAUGCUACUAACCAAGCUAUCAAAUGGUGUACAGAUUGUAUAGAGGCUCUGUGUUCAACUUGUUUUGACGUGCAUAGAAGUUUGAAAGUCUCGAGAAAUCACAAUGUUAUUACAAUAGAAGAUCAUAGUGCUCUGCACGCAAUUAUGUUGGAUUUAGUAGAAACCCAGAGGUGUGAUCAACAUGAUAAAGCUUCGGAAUAUAUUUGUCCUUUACAUGACGAAAAAGUUUGUGUAACAUGCAUCCAGAGAAAACAUAGUCAGUGCACUGGUUGGUUGACAAUCUCAGAAGCAGCUGACGGGGUUAAAUCAUUGGUAGCAAAUCAGACAAUUAAACAAGAUCUCGAGAACAUGAUAAGAAACGUGGAGGAAUUGAUUGAAAAUCACGAAAAAGAACGAAUUUACACUCAAAAUGUAUGCAAAACUUUGAAAGGCGAAGCAUCAAUAGUUGUUCAGAGUAUUAUACAGAAAGUUCAAGACCUUGAGGCAGAAUUUGUCAAAACGGGCGAUGUACAGCACCAAGAAAUAUCUGACAACAUAAUCAGCCGGACAACAGAACUCAAGGGUAAACUGCAAAAAGUGAAAAUGAUGAAAGAAAAGAUGAAUGGUAUUGAAGGUUAUGCGUCAGACACUCAAAUUUUUUUGAGCAUCCGUAAAAUUGCCACAGAAUUAAUUGAUUCUAUUGAAGAAGUAAAAUCUGUUACAAAGGAGCCCUUAUCUUUUCCAAAAGAGCUCCAGUUAACAGCCCCAGUCCAGUCUUUUCUGUCAGACGUAAAAUUGCUGUGUCUUGUACGAAAGGAUAAUAAAUAUAUUGCAUUUCAACCAUCAAAACUGCAAAAGGUUCAGUCUCAUAUUUCUUCCUUGUUCCAAAAAUCAAUAGACGAUAUAGAAAUACAUAUUAUAGUGACGAUUAAUGUAUCAAAUACAGAAUCAAAUGGCAAGGAUCUAUGGAACGCGCUGAUCUUAUUGAACGGACAGUUAUUAUUUUAUUGGAAAGCAAGUAAACAUUUUAUCACGUACACCUCAGACGGAGAGUUUUUCAGAAGUUGGCAUGUAGAUGAUAAAGUAAAAUAUAUGGCAAUUGUUGACAUGCAUAGGAUUGACUUCUCCUAUGAAACAAACAGAAAUGUUGGAAUUUUUAACAUGCAGACAUUACAAACUGAAAAGAAAAUAACUUUUAGUGAAAAAUGUUAUGGGUUGACAUAUGACGGUAAUCAAUUGUAUACAGUUGGAGAGACAACAAUAUUUUGUGUUGAAUUGACAGACAAUGAUGAGCGUAUAUCAUCAGUUCCUGUGAACACAAGCGAUGUUGCUUAUAUUUCCGUCUAUAGAGAUAGACUGUACUAUGCUGACUACACGAAACAUACCAUUUACUGUUGCUAUAAAAACGGGGAAGAAAUAUGGUCUUUUAAAACUGUUGAAAUGAUGUUUCCUGUUGGCAUUACUACAGACAAGUACGGAAAUGCAUAUGUUACAUGCUCAAUAACUAAUAAGGUCCUUGUGGUUUCAGCUGACGGAAAACAGGACAAAGAAAUACUAAAGGCAUUUGAUGGUCUUGUUGUUCCUAGAGCCAUACAUUACGACAAAAGUGAAAAUCGAUUACUUGUUUGUAAUGCUAAAAAUGGACUAGCAUUUUUAUGUAUAUUAAAAUUAUAA